ACAGAACCCAGAAAAACAACUCAUCCGCAUUCGUUUCCUCACUGACUAUGAAAGAAUAGAGAAGGAAGGGCUUCAGUGACCGGCUGCCUGGCUGACUUACAGCAGUCAGACUGACAGGAUCAUGGCUAUGAUGGAGGCCCAGGGGGGACCCAGCCCGGGGCAGACCUGCGUGCUGAUCCUGAUCUUCACAGUGCUCCUGCAGUCUCUCUGUGCGGCUGUAACUUACGUGUACUUCACCAAUGAGCUGAAGCAGUUUGCAGAAAAUGAUUGCCAGAGACUAACGUCUGGGCAGCAGAGAGGGUCAGUGCUGCCAUCUUGAAGUCUACCUUGCUGAGUCUACCCUACUGACCUCAAGCCCCAUCAAGGACUGGUUGACCCUGGCCUAGACAACCACCAUGUUUGUAACAGUACCAAGAGCAGUCACCAUGGAAAUCCACUUUUCAGAACCAAGGGCUUCUGGAGCUGAAGAACAGGCACCCAGUGCAAGAGCUUUCUUUUCAGAGGCACGCAAAUGAAAAUAACCCCCACACGCUACCUUCCGCCCCCAGUGCCCAGGUGUGGUUAGUUAGAGAAUAUAGCCUCAGCCUGUGAUAUGCUGCAGGAAACUCAUACUUUGAAGUGGAAAGGAUGGGAGGAGGCGGGGGGAGACAUAUCGUCUUAAUUAUCAUUCUUGGAAUAACCACAGCACCCCACGUCAACCCACCAUGUGUCUAGUCACCAGCAUUGGCCAAGUUCUAUAGAAGAAACUACCAAAAUUCAUGAUGCAGGAACCAUGUGAGGGUGGAGAGGGUGAUUGAGGCUUCCUCUCUGGGUUUCUAUUGUUCAGAAAACAGUAUUUAUGCAUAAAAAGGUCUAGAAAGAGAAACACUAAAAUGACAAUGUGAUCUCUACAUGGUAUGAUUAUGAGUGCUUUCUUUCCUUUUUAUUUUUCUAUAUUUUACAGAUUUUCUACAGGGAAUGUCAUAAAAAAUCCAUGCUAUCCAUAUGUAAUUUUCAUACAGAUUUAAAGAACACAACAUUUUUAUACAGCCUUAUGAGAAAACAACCAUACUGAAAAUUAUGCACACACAUAGUGUGAUCUCAUCCCUGUAAACAAGAGAGAUCAUCCAAAGGUUAACUAGGAGGUGGGAAUAUAGCUGCCAUUAGUGGUUGUUUCAGUUUUUUGUUUGUUUGUUUUUGUGAUUUACUUAUUUAGUUUUGGGAGGGUUUUUUUUUCUUUUAGAAAAGUGUUCUUUACUUUUCCAUGCUUCCCAGCUUGCCUGUGUAUCCUGAAUGUAUCCAGGCUUUAUAAACUCCUGGGUAAUAAUGUAGCUACAUUAGCUUGUCAACCUCCCAUCCACUUAUACCCAGGACCUUACUCAAUUUUCCAGGUUCCCCCCACCUCCUCCUGAAAGUAUUACUGGAAAAUACCAAAAGGGAUCACAGGCUGUAGCCAGCAGUUGGUACUAAAGUGUCCUGUGGCUCAAGCUCCACUACCACCAUCCAUGUCAAAUUCCACCUCAGUUGACAAGUUGUUGCCUGCUGCCAUUACUGCCUGAUCACAGGCAGCUGUCAACUCUGCAUCUUGCCCCUCAUGGCUGGAGCCUCCCAUCUUCAGCCAUUUCCUGCUGAGAGAGCUUACAGCUGAUGUGAAGUAAAAAGGCAUACUUCUCCCUCCUUUCUGUGUCAUGCACACCUUUUUGCCCCAACAAGUUAGAGAGACUUGUGAGCCUGCUUGUUCAGUGUAAUCAAACCGAAGCUUGGCCAGAGUCCACUCAUACUGGGUGAACUGGGACAGUGUCCAGGGAAAGUUCGCUCUUCCUGGAACUACCCUCGGGCCUUGUAGCUGAUCCCAGUUUCUCGUCUCUUCCUUCAUGAUCCUUUCCCACAGUUUGCUAGACAUGCUUUCAUACUUUUGAAUCACAUGUGACUGAGUGCCUUCCUUGGAAAGGUUUUGCAUCUCCCAAGUCAAUUGGAGUUGCAACUAGAUGUCUACAGGUGGGGCAGGCAGGGGCAAGGAAAUGUACCUAAGUCCAUGGCCAGUCAUAUCUCAACUCGGGCAGCCCCAGCUUCACCUCCAACUACAUAUACUACGGGAAUGUUUUUCUCUUGUUG